AUGUGCCUCAGAUCAAAAGACCAUCAGACGCAGAGCCAGCAGGCUAUAGAGCGUAGAGCAGAACAAACAGUAUUGCUAACGAUGGAAUCAUUAUACCAGCUUGUGAUUGUUGCGGAUAUUGUACGUGAGAAGGAGUCGGCGUUGGCGUUGGCCGCGAAGAAGUGCGGCGCAGCAGGAGGUGGUCGCGGCGCCGGCGGUCCCCCCGUUGGCUGUCCCCCUACUACAAGAGCAGUGUCUUUUCCUGAACAGCAGCAGCGCCCGAGCAGUAACAGCAGAAGCAGGGGGACCGCCCCCCGGCCUCCGGCCACGCCCACACGCAUGGAGCACCACCCACCGCCAGCCAGCGCGGCCCCACCAUCAUCAACACCACCAUCAUCACCACCACCACCAUAGUCACCACAACGCCACUGCGCACGCGCCGGCUUCCGCAACCGCCACUGCUGCGGCGGAACAUACGCAGACACAUCCAGCAGGGCAACCACCCUCGUCGGCCAAUCGGGAGCCCCGUCCAUGUCACA